UUUGGACUGGGAUCAACUCUCGCGAUUGACCACCGCCAAAUCGGCCGUCGGCGCGUCCCGAAAGCGAAAUUUGCAAGAAUAUGCAUAGCCCUCGAUCCGGCGGGAGCCGCAGCAAGUCCCGCUCUCCGCUCCCGCCCAGUCCGCGUCCAUCCACCUUCCUUCCUCCUUCUCAUUACGCGGAAGCAGGUGGCCUGAUUCCUCGCCCGCCGGCUCGCGUAGACCACGGGAAAACUAAAGACUCGAAAUACGUGCACGUCAACACGAGCCCGGUAUCCGAGCAGACACAAGCAUCCGGAACGUCGAUGGAAAGGGAGUUCCCCCGAAACUCGGUCUUCAUGCCCAUCGCUUCCAAGGAUUCUGACUCCUCUUUCGAAUUCGGCAGCCGCUCCCGCCCGCUGGAGCCGCAGAAUAGACGCUUCUCCAUGGCGAUUCCUUGUGGCGGAACGCGGGGCAGCGGACCCGGCAACUCGAGGGGACGAGGCGGGGUGACAAAUGUAAAGAGUGGCUCCAGAGUCGGAAGAGAAGGACAAAUGAUGAACCUACCGCAAGUUGAGACCCAUCUGUUGCCUUCCCUGCGGGAUACUAUCGAUCGCAUGACGAGGACGCCUGCCUCGAAAUUGGAGGUCGAGACUCUGUCCCGUCAAGAUUCUGUUGCGUCCCACGACUCACAUGUGACACCUGCAACAUCUCCGCAUCCCGCCGGCUCCGCCACUCCGAAGGCUCUCAAAUCUGCUUUGCGCGCUCCCACACCGAAGCUGCAGUUGGCUCCUCGGCCACCAAAAGUCCACACGCCCACGACCAGGUCGAACGACAAGUUCGAGCGCAUGGGCUCCACUCCAUCCGAGUGCGCGCUCUUGGAUAAUCAAGUAAAGCCUAAACGCGACCGACAGCGUUCUAAAACUGAUCCCGGGACGGCGAACCAACUCGGCUCAAUUCCGCGUGUUCAUACACCUCAGACCCCGGUCCCCGGCCAUCGCUCAAAGUUCCAUCCCGACGGUUCUAGCAGUAUUCCCCGCCCCAAAGGAUGCCGCACAGUGCAUUCUACGCCCCGUCCGGCGUGCUCCCAACAGCUCGGAGAAGAAUCCUCGUCCGAUCUUGAACUUCGAUACGAGAUAGAAGCUCGAGAUCGUCGUUCGCUCAGAGUCACGAAUGGAACUGGCGCACCCAUUACCUCCAGCAGCGAGAGCGAACUGAGUGAGCCGGAACCUGCUGUUCCAGUUGGUUUGGGCCUUGGUCUAGAUGACCCAUCUUUCGGAUCGCGGUUUACCACAUCUCAGUUGCGACCUCGGUUGAAUGGGCUGAACGCUCCAGACCGUUAUGGCGAAGACCCUGCGGAACGACGGCGAAGAGAGCUCAUCGGGAUUGUCCAAAACCUGGAACAUCAGUAUGCGCAAGACUAUGGUGUCGUCAAUCAGCAACAUUAUGGAAAAUCCGACCCGCCCUGGUGCGAGCGAUCGAGGAAUACGCAACCUCCGCUUGUUAUGGUAUCGUCGUCCAGCGGCCAAAAUAAUAACAUCCACCAGCAAGAUGUACCUGCGGCCUGGCGACGCAGUAAGUCCUCUUCGCCCGUUCCUCAUUCACCCCCUCAGUCCAAGCGGCAAUCACGGGAACGCAAGAAUAGCAACACCCCUUCUCCUGCACUCCGAUCCUCAGAGCGCCCUUCCCGGGACGCCGAUUCGGGCUUGAAUGACAUGUAUCACCGCUCAGGCCGUGCCGGCGCUCAGCCCCAUCAGCAGUCUCCUGAAUCUGUGUACGACGAACCCCAGGAUUGGCAUGGAGGUGCUGGAGUACCUGAGCGCUUGCAGCCUGCACAUCGGAUUAUGCGAGACUCAGACAUCCUGGCCAACUCUGAUGCUGUGCGACUCGCGCUCAAGUCUCGAUACGAAGAAGCCAAGGAGAGAGAAGUCCUCGGUCUCCCGCCGUCCGAAUCCUGCGAGGCGCGGAACCAGCGGCUCUCGUAUAUGGACAGCGGCUCCUCACUCGCAAGAGUUGGCAAAGCUCAGUGGGAAGAAGUCGGGAGAGCGGGUCACUUGAGUAUGGGUGCGGAAAAACUGUUCAGGACGUUGAGCGGUCGACGAAUUGAUCCAACUCGUGACGGAUGGAUUCAAGAGAAUGUGGCGCCUGCUGCUUUGACACCCAGUUCGAGCGCUUCUUCAGUUUACGACGACGACGAUGUUCCGCUUUCUCAGUCCGAUCCACAUGCGAGUGGCAGACGAUCUGCCGCUGCACAGAUCGCACAAUCCUGGAGGUCCAUCCAUCAAUCGCCCGAGGGACAAGAAAACUCGCCGCCCGAUGCGAUGGAGUCUGAGCGCCAGGACAUCAUUCACGAAUUGUUCACCACUGAGGAGGCAUUUGUCACCCGGCUCGCGAAUACCAUCGACCUGUUCGUAUUGCCACUCCGGAUGCAGGACUCGAAAUCCUACGUUUCCGGCGUUCCACCCGAGAUCGGCAGACUCUUCGACUGGCUCGAAGACAUCUAUAAUCUUCACAAUCAGUUUCUUCUCGUGUUACGCCGAACUCUGGAGACCACGUAUCCUGUCCAGUGUAUCGGAGAUUGCGUUCAAGACAGCUUGAUUGUUCGACUGGAAGUCUACCAGCCGUAUCUGGCUCGUCUGGUUCCGGUUGCGGCCAAGAUUGCGGAGUUCGUGGCCCAGGCCGCGAGCGACUUCGGAGAGUUUGUCAGAUUACAAGAAAGCGUCGAGGGUUGUCGAGGUGACAGCCUCGAGGGCCUACUGGCUGAGCCUGUUACGCGGCUAGCUCAUUACACGACGUUGUUCCGGAGCAUUUUGGAGGUUACUCCCAAAACGCACCCAGACUAUCUAGCGACUUUCGUUCUUGUGCACAUGACUGAGCUGAUGAUCAAGGCGAUGACCCAAGUGAAGUUGCAGGAAGACGAUUACGAUACUAUGAAGGCCGCCUUGCAUGGAAUCAGCAAUUUGCCGCCGAGCUUUGAUUUGGUGAACCGCUCCCGCCGACUGCUGCAUCAUGGCCAAUUGGUUCAACUUCAGGAAGAUUCGACCCAGAACCGCAAGAACGCAAGAGGCAGAUCCAGCAAGCUUGUAGACGCUAUCCAUGUUUGGGACGAGCGGAAAUCAAGAUCGAGCUCAUUCAAGUCUGCUGAAACAAUGGGAACGGCUUCGACGGAGCCGGUGUCUCCGUAUCUCUCUGUUCGGCAUCAUGAUCAGGAAGGCGGACUCAAGAUAUCGACAAAAAAUCAACACGAAGAAGUUGCCAACGUUCUGCAAGUCUUUGUCUUCUCGGACUGUGUUUUGAUUACGAAGCUCCACGGACGACAUGACUGGCGACCUAUUGAGGAUGUUGGACUUGCGAAAGUGAUGGGGCUCUCUGAAGACGAGAAAAAUGCGGUCCUGUCGCUGGAUGUGAUGACCUCAAAUCAAGAUCGCGUCAAAACGUUGCGACUCGGUGUUGCUCGAACAUCCGAUGCAACCUUUCGUGACGCUUGGAUUCCUGCUCUUCAAGAGUCUCUCAAGUCUUCUAUACUCUCGCUGUCUGUUCCCAAAGCUUACGUCGCCAAUGUCGAGCCCUCACACAAACCCAUGUUCCCGAAGAGUCCGUCGCUCAUUUGUCAACAAAGCGGACCGAAAGAUACAAACCAUCAAAAUCAAGAGAGAGAAGAACGUGGAUGGUGGUCUUCGCGCUUUCAGCAGGUCUUGAAGCAAUUGCAGGCUGGCCUAUAAGAAAUUAGGCACCAGUGGCUGUACGAUUAGCAGCAUGUUACGUAACAAUGAUAUACACUUGCUCUUUCCCCGUAACUCAAAACUUGCUUCCCGGAUCGUCUUUUCUUCCUCCGCUCGUUCUAUCACGGGGCUUAGGUCAUGAAUGGGACCGAAAAAGCGGGAAUGAACGGCAGUCUUGCGUUGCAUCCUUCACACCCCUUGGCCGAAGAGCUCGUCAGCCUGCGCACGGCCGCCACCCGUUUCCAGAACGAAGCGCAUGCUGCGUCGAUCAAGCUCCAGCGACAUGCCCUGGACACGUCGGCACUGACGGAUCGUGUUGCUCAUCUCGAGGACGAGAAUGCGUUAUUGCGGACUGAACUUGGGGUAUUCCGGGACACAUCCGGCUCUGCCUCGUAUCCGGGAGAUGACCGGAAUCAAGAGACCGUCGCGGAGUUAACGCUCUCCCUGCGGCGACUCAAUGCCAAGCUGUCUCUCACCGAGUCGGCGCUAGAAGAACAUACCCGGACGUUGGCGGAGAAGAAUACGGUGGCCGCACAGAGCACACGGGCUGCUGGGGAAGCGUAUGCGCUUGCUGCGCGGGCUCGUGGACGGGAAGAGGAAGAACGAGUUCGUAGCCAGGCACUCGAACGGCAGGUCGUGCAAGCGAGAGAAGAGACCAAAUUGGUUGAUCGAGUGGUCACUGAGUAUGCUGCGUUGGUGCGCAGCAUGACGGUUGAUGGCGGGAGGAGUCCAGCACCGUCGGCGACCGGUUUUGAUGAUGGAGAAUCGGCGGCAAGGGAUACGUUGAACAAGGGAAAGGCGCAAUUGGAGGGGUUGACUUCGGAGUUCUCGCAGCAGAUCGUCGCCCUUGAAGCACGCAUUGCUGUCAUCGAAAAUGAGCGCGAUGUGGCAAACGCUGAACUCGCAGCUUCCAAGACUCUCAAUUCAGAAUUGGGAACAGAGCUCGCACGCUCCAAGUUCUCUGCUAUCCAGUCUUUAGUCGACGAUCGCAGCGCAGCCGGAAUGGUCGAGCGGUACAUGAAAUUCACGCAACAGACCACGUCUUCCUUGCACGAUUCUCUCAAAUCUCUUCGUUCUCGACACGAAGCCACGCUCUCUACCCUUCAGGGCACACUUUCUGCGACACAGUCACAGCUCCAGCUCGCCCAGUCUGAUGUUCAGCGCCUGCGAGAUGCACUGGACGAAGCGGGGGGCGCCCUGGUCCGCGAGACAGUUGGCCGGCGACGCGAAGUUGCUGUGCGCAUGAAAGUUGUCGGACGAGAAGAACGCGCCGUAGAGAGUUUACGGUCUGCUAUCGGCCGCGCCGAGACACAUCUGCCAGAAUCGGAUCCGGAUCUACCGCAAACAAAGUCGCUGCUGCGUCUGGUCUCGGAUGUUCGCGAUGUCUUGAAAGUGCUCGAUGCGGGUGAUUCGAAUUCAUCACCUCAUGCUGGAACCGAGGGGCGGAUGCUUUUACUCGAGAACGCCAUUGAGAUGAUGGCUUCUGAACUGGACGGAGAGGUUCGAAGGAGAGUCGCUGCUGAACGAAUGGUGGAUGAGCGACGGGAGGAUGGAUCUGUGCCGAACAUAAUCCAGCCUUCUGUCGCUCCUUCCACCAGCAAUGCGGAUCUUUCACCCGAUACAAUCAUAUCUAUCGAACCGAAGCCUGAACCCCAGCCUGAACCCCAGCCCCAGCCAGAGCCAGACCUCUCCUCGUCUCCAACUCAACCUGAUGAAGCGGACUCUCCAGAUAAACCUGCUACGCCAAUUGUUGUUGAAUCUGCUGUUCCACCUGCUGUGUUCACCGCCGAAAGUCCCGAGUUUUUGGCUCAAGAACCAGCCGACGGGCUUCAGGACGUUUUCGUCGAUUCCCCUGAGCCCCUUGCCGUCGCCGAAAUCACUGCGGACGAGGUGCGCAUCGUGGCUGACAUACCAGAGCCGGUAUCGAUGGUGAACAAACUUUCAUUCCCCGUCCUCUCCGAUCCGGAUGUGGAACCUAGUACAAUUGUUACACCGGAAUUGAUACCAGAAACUGGUGGAAUCGCCUUCCCGAUCCUCUCCCAUCCAGCGCCUCAGAAUCCACUGCUUGACGAUCUGGAAGCAGCAAGCCAGCGCUAUGAUGCUCUUCAACGCGCUUUCCGAGACUGCCAUCUGGUCCUCCAAGAGCUGCGAGCGGCACUUGAACCUCCUUCAGCUGACGGGGUUCUCCGCAGUGCUGUCGAGCGGUUGCAUGACUAUACGGAAGAUGCGAGAGUGGAACUGGAGAUCUGCGUUGCGGACGGUCGUGUACUCGCCCGAGGCUGGCAAACGAUGGUGCUGCUGCCAGCAUCUGGAGAGGUCGUAUCGUUGGAAAACUCGGAGGAGAUAGGCAACAUCGAACGGCAGAUCGAAGCAUUUGUCGAACGAGACGCCAAAGCCCUGUUAGCCUUUCAGCGCAAACUUGAAGAUGUGGAACACGAUGUGGCUAUCGUCAAACAGGCAAUCUAUGCACCGCCAUCUACAAGCUCCGAGUCGACACCCCCGCCGGAAAAGUCUGAAGGUGGGGGACGAUGGACUUCUUGGCUGCAUCGAAGCCCCGAGUCACCCCCGUCGCCCGUGUACUCGGAAUCCCCCACCUUCGGAAAUGUGAUGACAACUCCGCGCUUACGCCAUUCCUCAUCAAGUCUCCGGUCGAGUUUGAAAAGAGAGACAAGUAAUCCGUUUGAAAGCCUGGGAUUGCGCGUUCCGAUGCCUUCCUACAUUCCUCAGCAAGUCCCGACAAUGCUUUCCCCUGGCACUCGGCAACGAACUAUCUCGGGGGUGUAUAUGCUCGGGCUUGGUGUUGGGCAUGGAGGACGACGACCGAGUGGUCUGGGACUGGCGGUAAGCCCUGCGAAGACGGAACAGGAUAGUGAUGUGGAAUAGUUGUUUCCGUUGCGGAAAAAGCUAUUACAGUAGUUUAAUCAGGCGAAUUCAGAGCUCACUAUAGAUGCUGAAAGCGCGUUGGAUUGGUUCGCAGCGCGAUAGCAUUCGGAUCUAUGCGCUUUGAGCUGCUGCGCUUCUACCGCGAUAUACGUUUGUUGGACAUCUACUUGCUCUGAAUAUUGGAGACGUCAAGAUCAGCAUGGUCACAAUGUGCAAUCAUCUCCGACACCUCAAAACCAGUAGUCCACAUAUGUGCGCAGAAGCAGAUGGUGCGAUGGAUUUCUUUGACACCGUCUACUAUUGGCCAGCAAUGAUCUCAAGCGAUUAUCGCACAGCAGUUCGGGAGAAGUGCGGGGUGCAAUGCCCGUCGUCCCAUUCUGAUGAGCCGGGGUCCUCUUCUACAGGCUCUUGGGAACUUGCUGUACUUCUGAGUGGUUUACGAGAAAUGCGUGUCGCUGAUCCUUGUAAGCUGCCAGGGAGCCCUCCAUGCACCACGGCCCAUAAGAGCGUAGGCCUCCAGAGUAGAAUCGGCAAGUAAUACCGUUGUGUAGAUUAUCUGUUGCAGAUCGUGCAACGAGAAAUC